ACAAAUGCAGCAACCUGGUGUUUUUGUUUUCCUGCUCUUUGCACUGAAAGCUCCACUGAUGACCUCGUCCCAAUCUUCCUAGCAAAACCUUCAGUGGUGGUUUUUACUGACUACAGUGUGGGCCAUGUAUAUGAGACUACUCUGGAGCUGAAAAACUUGACUUCUGCAAGCCGUCAUGUCCGCCUCAUCCCUCCUACCACACCUUACUUCUCUAUUGGCCUGGGGAGAUUUCCAGGUGAUGGCGGCGUUGUUGCACCAGGGAUGAGUUGCAAGUACACAGUGCGCUUCGCCCCAGGCUCUCUGGGCAACUACGAGGACUUCAUUGUGGUGGAGACCCAGGCUGAACACAUACUUAUGGUGCCCAUUGCAGCCAUACGACCCCCUCCAGUACUCACCUUACCAAGAGUUCUGGACUGUGGUUACUGUCUUAUUGGAGGAGUGAAGUUUGUUGAGUUUUUUUGCCAAAAUGUUGGGCUCAGCUCCGGGACAUUCUGCAUCAUACCCAAGAACAAGUGGCCAGCCUCAAACCUCAGGUCUGUUGAAAGGAGUUUCUUUGCAGAGCAGGCACCCUUUGCAAUCAGCCCGUCUAUUUUUGUCCUGCAGCCCGGAGAAGCCACUGCAGUGGAGGUGGUUUUCUUUCCCACCACUGCUGAGAAAAGUUGUCAGGCUUUCACUGUUGCUUGUGACAACUGUCAAGUGAAAGACGUUUCCAUUGAAGGCGAGGGCCAGCUGAUUGCCCUGGAGCUUGUGUCUGUAUCUGGGCAGAAUGAUCCUCCUGUGUUGGGAGAGGUGCAUGACCUCUCUGCAGAGCAUUUUAUCCGUUUCAGCCCAUGUAACCCUCACUCUGUGCAACAGAAGAAACUUAUUAUCAGAAACAAUGUCCACUUGGAGCUGCCUUACCACUGGCAGAUCAUGAAGCCAAACCUGUGUCCUCUGCUUCCGGGGGAAAUCCCAGAGCCCUCCCAUAUCCAGUUCCACCUGGCCACAGAUGAUGUCUUCCACGUCAGCCCCAUGGCAGGAGUUCUGUCACCCUGCCAGGAAGUAGAGUUUCUGUUGACCUUCAGUCCCAACGAGUUGAAGGAUUACCACAGCGUGUGUCACUUAGUGCUCAGGGAUGUCCCCGAGCUGCCGCCAGAGUCCACUGAAGACGGUAUCCUUCAGCCUGUUCGCACCGGCUCCAAGGUGAGCGACGUAAUCGUCAUGGAAAUAGAGGUCAAGGGAUCAACAGUGCCGUACCAGGUCAUACUGGACCCCUAUGCUGUCAUAAUACACGGAGAUCUUUUUAUUUGCACGACCACUCGCAGACAGUUCAAGAUGUGGAACCACAGUAAAACCGGCAUCUUUUUUCAAUGGGAGAGAAUGAGCAGUAGCAGCCACGUCAUAGAGGUGGAGCCCUCUAACGGUAGAAUAGAGGAGAACGAGUGCUUCGAUUUCGACCUGAUUGUGACCGGAGGGAAACCAGAGAAGGUCGUGUCCAGUCUGGUUUGCCACAUAGAGCACCAUCAAGAGCCCGUCACUCUGGCCGUGGAAGUCUCUUUCAAGGGUCCCAUAGUGACCCUCAGUGUGCCCAGUGUGGACUUUGGGCUCUUGAAGCUUGGCGAGCAGACACACACUACGUUGCUUCUCACCAACAUCACCCAGCUGGAGGCAAACUGGACGCUGAAGGAGAAGUGUAAUAAUCAGCAAGACACUCAGAUCUUAGUGGAGCCAUGCACAGGUGUGCUGCCCCCCUUGGCCUCCUGCAGUGUGGAUGUGCUUUUUAUGCCACAUUUCAGCCAGCAAUAUGAUUCUGAGCUCGAUCUGACUGUUGAGAAUGGAACAGGAUGUCACCUGUCCAUGCGAGCAGUUGUGCAGUCCCCUCAGGUGUGUCUGAUCAACUGUGAGCUGCUCCUGUCUGACCUGUACAUCGGAGUUCCAGCCAAUGCAACCGUCGCGCUUUUUAACCAGACCCUGCUGCCUACCGACUUCAGCUGGAUUGCUCAGCUGCAGGGUAAACAAGCUGAACUGUGUACAGCCAGUUUUCAGCCGUCCUCUGGCACUCUGGGACCUAAUGCCAGCAUGGACGUCACAGUUACCUUCACCUCUAACACGGAUGUGGAGCUGACUGAGGUGGCAGCUCUCUGUGAAGUCCUGGGGAUGAACUCUCCUCUUGCUCUUGGUAUUGUGGCUUCCAAAACCAAGAAUCUCAGUGUGUCCUAUUCACUGCCUUGUGAGGGCUCUACUCAGGAUGAUGAGAGACCCUCAACAUUGUUACUUGACUUUGAUGAUGUGGUUUUGAAGCAAGCUGUUACCAAGCAGUUACUGAUAACCAAUCAAAGCGCCAUCCCUGCACCUUUCACUAUAGAGGCCGAGUAUUUCAACUGCCAUGCUUUAAAGCCAAAUAAUCAUUCUGAAAAAAGGGUCGCAUUCGUCAAGAAGCCGAUUCACUCGGUUCAAGCCCAGAAAUUGGAAGAAAAAGCGCACGAGGAGUUUGUGAACAGCCUGCUGGCUCACGGUAAGGGUGCAGCUUUCUUUGUCCUGCCACACUGUGGGACGCUGGGACCAUUUGAGAGCCAGAGUGUGGAUAUCACGGCUUACUCUGACAUGUGGGGGGAGUACAGAGAUCUCCUCUUAUGCAAAGUCGGGGAUCUCGAGGUUACACCUAUUCCCAUGCAGAUGAUGGUGAGAGGCUGCCCGCUGUACUUCCAAAUGACAGGCCCGCGUCCAGACAACCAAACCCAGGGACCAAACAUACAUUUUGGAUCUCACGUUUCUGGAGGUGACACUGUGUCUCGUUCUCUUCGCAUCAACAACCCCUCCAUGUUCGAUAUUGGCGUUGACUGGGAAACAUACAACGUUGAUGAGAAUCACCAUGAACUGAUGGAAUCUAAAGAAACCUCUCAAGUUAAGGAUGCUGAAGACAAUGAUGCGUCGAGUGGUGUUAUAAGGGAUCCUGAUGGGAACGUUCAUACAGUUCUGGAAAGAAACUCUGAGGGAACAAGUACCCCAGUCCAGAGCCGGGCUGUGAGUCCAUUUAACAGCACAGCAAAGGAGGAGACAGUGGUGGAAUAUAUAAGCAAGAAUGACAGUGAGGACGAGGAAACUGGCAACCUCUCGGAUUUUCCAUACUGCAUCACUCCUCAGCAGACAGUGAUUCCAGCAAAGGGCAGCAGCACAAUCCAUGUUUCUUUCACUCCUUUCACUCUGUCCGGGUCAUUUUACGAGUCCAAAUGUGUAGGAUUAGCUCUGGGCUUCAUGAAUCUAGACUCUGAGAUGGCUGCAUGUGUCCCGGGUAAAGUUAUAAGAGCUCAAGGUUUGGAUUUGGAGCCUGUCAGGAUGGAUCUACUAGCAGCCGUUAAGCCUGCGCUGCUGUUGGUGCAGAUGGAGGAGGAGGAGGGGGUGCUGGAGUUCAGAGCCUCAGUCGGUGAUUUACUGCGGCUGGGAGAAUCAGAGGAGGAGCUUGUAGUGUGUGAAUUUGACACCACACAGAUCUUUCAGCUGAAAAAUAACUCUGAAAUGCCCCUGCACUUCAAACUGGAGACUCAGCUGCCAUUUUUAGUGCUCAAGCCACAGCCUCAAGCCUUUACCAGUACAAGCAGUAACCUGCCUAGUGGUGACAGCCAGUCUCUGCUGCUGAAGCCACAACACAGUAUGCAGGUGAAGGUGGCCUUCCAUUGCUCCCUGUCUCUCCUUGACCUUGCAGACCAGGCAGAUGAGGAAGUCCCACUCGGGGUGACGCUGAUCAGCAACGAAGCCCGGCAGAGGAAGCUGAGGUUCCAGCAGAGCCUCCUGAUUCACUACAGCAAUAACACACUUCAGGCCGUACCUCUUCGUGCCCACUUGGAUCUUGCUACAAUUCGUCUGUCCACUGACAGCAUUGACUUUGGAUUCUGUUAUGUGGGCCAGACACAGACAGUAGAGGUCAACCUGUACAGCCAUGGAGCCCACACUUACUGGAAAUCAGUUACAGAGUCAGAUGUGUUCAGAGUGACACCAGAUUUUGGACUUCUCAGGUCCAAAGAGCUUCAUGUCACCAGCUACAGCCAGUGUCUUCAGAUCAGCUUCACUCCCAGCGAGGACAGAAAUUUCCAGUCCACUGCGUUAAUCCAGUCUCCUCUGGUGAAGACCCCUCUCACUCUGCAUCUCCAGGGAACAGGAUCCUUUGAAGUGCACAAGUUGAAUGAGACACUCUGAUAACAAAACUGUCACACAACCUGUUGUUUCACCUGCUCUACUUUAAUCAGCUUAUUUAUUGACCUUUUAUAAGAAUGUAAAUAAAGUAGAAAUUGUUCA